UGCAAGCAGUACAGUUCAGCUCAGCUCACUUCUACAGAACUACUACAGAAACUCACAAAAUGGCACCACAGACCAGCAACCAGUCCACAUUCGUCUCGAAGACCCAGCACUAUUUGAAGGUGAAGAAGCCCCUUUUGGAGCGCCAGCGGCGGGCCCGCAUGAACAAGUGUUUGGACACAUUGAAGACCCUGGUGGCCGAGUUCCAGGGCGACGAUGCCAUCCUGCGAAUGGACAAGGCCGAGAUGCUGGAGGCGGCACUUGUCUUCAUGCGCAAACAGGUCGUCGAGCAGCAGGCGCCGGUUGCCCCACUCCCGAUGGAUAGCUUCAAGAAUGGCUACAUGAACGCCGUCAGCGAAAUCUCCCGUGUGAUGGCCUGCACUCCGGCCAUGAGUGUGGAUGUGGGCAAGACGGUGAUGACACACCUGGGAGUGGAGUUCCAGCGCAUGCUGCAGGCCGAUCAGGCCGACCAGCCCUCCACCCAGAUCUCCGCCCCACGCCCACUCAGCCCCGCCUCCUCGGGAUAUCACAGCGAUGCCGAGGAAUCCGAAUCUGCCGCCAGCCCGAAGCCAGCUCAAGAUACCAUGUGGCGUCCCUGGUAAUUGGUCGUGCCACUUCAUCAUCAGCAGCGACUUUGAAUCCUGUCUUCCAUCUGCAAAAUCGGCAGCAACAUCGAAUCAUGUCUUCCAUCAGCAAUUUUUGCUACAACGAAUCAUGUCUUCCAAUUGAAUCGUUAAUACUGUGAUAACAGCUUUACCUAGAUUAUAAGCAUACCUCAAGCUUUACUAGUUUAUUAAGAUUUAGUUUGUAAGAGAAUACAACAACAGCUUUAAUAGUAAUAAAA